UCCAUUUAGGGAAAGGAUUGAUGCCAUCGCUGCUCUAUAUAUCUGCACACUCCUCAUCAUCCUGCAAUCUCUGCAUCGGCUUCGUCUUCCAUCAUGGGCGACGCUCCUUGGAAUCCUUUCGCCUCGCCCAUCCCCUCCCGCCACUCUGCUGCCGACCGCCACGCUGUCGUCGUCGGUGUCGACAAGCUUUCCAAUGCGCACAUCGACGCCAAUGCGCACAAGAUUUGGAGGGACCCCAGCUGCGAGUUCUUGAGCGACGCCGGGGCGGCCCACGUGCCGGCGGCUUCUUCCCGCAUGGAAAGAUUCGGAGUUGACGUCGACGUCGAUCCGAAGGCGUCGUCUGUCUCUGUCUCCGCCUCCAAGGAGCCCCACGUUGCCUUCGAAGGUGUGUCCGCCACCACCGAUAAUGGCAGCAUCAUGUCUGGAUCCGGCGAUGGCAGCGGCGCCGAGGUCGAUCGAUGGAAUUCCAACGCCUCUUUCUGCCGGACAUCCACCUUGCUGAGGACGAAGACCCGCUCCCGACUCAUGGACCCCGCGCCUCAGCCCCGGUCUGGUGCGUUGGCGGCCGAGGCUGGCCGGUCGACGACCCGUUCCAGUCCGCUGCCUUCCGGGCAGCUCCGUUCGCAGCUUCUCGGUGGGUCGAUGACCGACGAGGACGACGAGGAUCCUUUCCUCGUCGAGGACCUCCCCGCGGACGACGACUUCACGCGCGCAAAGUUCCAGCCCUGGACGGCCCUCCAGUGGGCCAGCCUCCUCCUCGUCUUCGCCGCCCUUGCCGCGGCCCUCGCCGUGCCGGCACUCCGCCGCUGUUCCGUCUGGGGCCUCCGCCUCUGGAUGUGGGUCGUGCUCUUCCUCGUCCUCAUCUGCAGCCGCCUCGUCUCCUGGUGGGGCAUCCGCCUCCUCGUCUUCUUCAUGGAGCGCAACUUCCUCCUCCGCAAGCGCGUCCUCUACUUCGUCUACGGCGUCCGCAAGCCCGUGCAGAACUGUCUCUGGCUCGGCCUCGUCCUCCUCGCUUGGCACCUCCAGUUCGACCAAAAGAUCCAGCGCCACACCAACAGCAAAGCCGUCGACUACGUUAGCAAAAUCCUAAUUUGCCUGCUUGUUGCCACCUUCUUCCGCCUCGCCGAGACCAUCGUCAUCAAGUCCCUCGCCUCCUCCUUCCAUGUGAGCACUUACUUCGACCGCAUCCAAGAAGCUCUGUUUAACCAGUAUGUGAUCGAGACCCUGUCAAGUCCACCAUGGAUGCGAUCCCAGCGAACAAGAGACGAGGACAACCACUUCUUCUCCGAAGUCGAAAGAUUUCAGAACGCAGGCGUUGCAAUUCCCGCUGACCUGAGAACGUUAACCCUGCAGAAAGGGUCGCAGAAUGGUAACAGUGCGAGGUCUGCAAAUGCAAUGAGAAGGAAGGAAAUUGGUCAGAAGCAGGAGGGGAUCACGAUCGAACACCUGCAUAGAUUGAGCCAGAAGAAUGUACCAGCCUGGAUUAUGAAGAGGAUGAUGAAGAUUGUGCGGCAUGGCACGCUGUCGACUCUUCACGAGCGGUUGGUGCGUGCCAGCAUGGAGGAUGAGUCCUCCGCGAUGCAGAUACAAAGCGAGCGAGAGGCCAAGGUUGCUGCCAGGACGAUCUUCAAUAAUGUAGCCAAGCCCGGUGAAAAGCAUAUCUACUUGGAAGAUUUGAUGCAUUUCUUGAGGGAAGAUGAAGCUCUAAGGACUAUGGGUCUGUUUGAAGGAGCUGAAGAAAACGAAAGAGUCACCAAGAAGUCUCUCAAGAACUGGGUGGUUAAUGUCUUCAAAGAACGAAGAGCUUUGGCUCUAACACUGAACGAUACCAAAACAGCAAUCAACAAGCUCCAUCAGAUGGCAACUGUAGUUGUAGCCGUCGUUGUGCUUGCGAUAUGGCUUCUCAUCCUAGACAUUGCAACAACGAAGUUCUUCGUUUUCCUUAGUUCGCAGCUUCUUCUGGUGACUUUUGUCUUUGGAAACACUUUGAAGAUGAUCUUCGAAGCCAUUAUCUUUUUGUUUGUGAUGCAUCCCUUUGAUGUCGGCGAUCGCUGUGAAAUAGGAGGAGUUCAGAUGAUUGUUGAGGAGAUGAACAUUCUUACGACAAUAUUUCUGAGAUACGAUAACCAGAAAGUUUCCUACCCAAACGGUGUGCUGGCAACUCUACCUAUAGGUAAUAUCUAUAGAAGUCCAGACAUGGGAGAUGCAGUCGACUUCUCUGUUCAUGUUUCGACGCCAGUGGAAAAGCUUGCUCUCAUGAAAGAAAGAAUAAUGGCGUUCAUCGAGAGGAAAAAGGAUCACUGGCACCCGAGUCCAACUGUUGUGAUCAAGGAUGUGGAUGACAUGAACAGGUUGCUGAUAUCGAUCUGGUUGCGACACCGCAUGAACUUUCAGGAAAUCAACGAGAGAUGGAAGAGGAGGGAGCUUGUGGUUCAGGAGAUGAUCAAGGUAUUGAAGGAGCUCGAGAUCGAGUACCGAAUGCUGCCCUUGGAUGUAAACUUGCGGGCUAUGCCUGCUUUGACCUCCACAAGGCUACCUUCUACAUGGAAAGCUUGCAGUUAGCUGAUCUAAGUUUUUAGGUAUAGGAGAAAGGUCUAUAGUUUUGUUUUCCUUUGCAGAAUAACUUGAAUUCUUUGCAAACCUUAUAUUCAA